AUGUUGGAAUAUUAUUAUCAUGUUCAACAACAAAUUUAUGAAUUAAUCGAUAAAUUAACUCAAUGUUGGCAAUUAAAUAAUCAUGCACAAUAUUUAUUUAAAGAUGAUUUAUCAACAGAACAAUUUAUUUUAUUUCCUCAUGGAUUGUAUUUAAGAUUAACUGAUUCUCUCGUUGUAACAAAUGAUUCAACUUCAAUACUUGAUCUUUCUUCACGAAAACAACCACAUUCAUCUUUAAAUGUAAUUCGUAAACGAAAUAAUUUAUCUGAAACUGAAGUUAAUAAUGAAUCAAUAGGAAUUAAUAAUUCAUCUGUAUCUCUACUAGCAACAACAACAAUAAGUACAAAUAAAUCAAAUUUAGCACGAUUAGGUAUUUUAUUAGCAGGAAAACAAGCGGCUUGUAAUAAUAAUAAUGCGAAUAAUUAUGAUGGAUCAACUUUUACACUUAUUGAUAGUACAGAAGAUGAAGCAGAUAGCAAUAUUAGUUUAUUUAAACAAUGA